UGUAUGUAUCAUUUAUCACGCAGUAUAAUAUAAUGUUUAAAAUUUAAUGUUUACACUAACUAACUACUAAGGCAGUCGUGCCUGUGGUUUUCUUUACAAGUUCAUACUCGCUGUGCGGUACAUAAUAUAAUCGAAAAACAUUCCAGAUGAGCGCUGUGCCGUGUGGUCUGCAAAUCUGGGAAUCUCGAAGUAGCCGUGUAAAAGAGUUCAACUUGUGAGAAACUUGCUAAAAAUCAGAAUUGUAAUGGAAAAUUAUAACUACAAGACUGUGAUUAAAAUAGAAGAAGAAAAUGAAGACACAGAAGAGCAAUACACUAAUGCCUCAGUGAAAAAAACAAAACCUAAUUACAUUGAUGAAUCAAACAAUAGCUAUCCGACAAUCCACCAUUCUCCAAAACCACUCUAUGGGGAUGCAUAUAAUGUCAGUGAAACAUGCAACGAAACAGUAGUCCAAGUCGAAGUAGACAUUGUGAACGGAUAUACGUUUGAGUCAGUGAUAGAAUACCAAAAAAAUGGGCCUUUGGACGUGCGAACGAAGAAAUACGGUCUAGACGAAUUACAGCAAUUUGUCUGCGAAAUAUGUAGCAAGGUGUUUACGACCAAAACGAAAGUGGCUAAACACAUAACCCGAUUACAUAGUACAAUAACCCAGAAAAAAACAGCAAAUAAAGUUGUCAAAAGUAAUUAUGUGUCAUUUUCUCGAAAACAACUGGUCGCACAACACAAACGCCGCGUACACGCUGGGGAAAAGCCUUUUGAAUGUUUCGUAUGUUUAAAGUCGUUUGCUGUAAAAUCAUGCCUCACAAAACACCAACGUGUUCACACCGGGGAAAAGCCCUACAAAUGUGACGUUUGUUUAAAAUCAUUCUCAGUAAUAUGUAACCUCAUAGCACACAAACGCGUUCACACUGGGAAAAAGCCUUACAAAUGCAAUGUGUGCUCAAAGUCAUUUUCUGCAAAAUCCGGCCUCACACAACACAAACGAGUGCACGCCGGUGAAAAGCCCUACAGUUGCGACGUGUGCUCAAUGACUUUUUCUGGAAAAUCCAGCCUCACACUACACAAACGAGUUCACACUGGGGAAAAGCCCUACACAUGCGACGUGUGCUUAAUGACUUUUUUUGCAAAUUCUAGCCUCAAACAACACGAACGCGUUCACACUGGGGAAAAGCCUUUUAAAUGUGCUGUAUGUUUUAAGUCGUUUUCUUUAAAAAUCACCCUCACAGAACACCAACGCGUGCACACUGGUGAAAAGCCCUACUCAUGUGACGUGUGUUUAAAGUUAUUUUCUUACAAAUCCGGCCUCUGGAAACACGUAAGAGUACAUACUAAUGGCUAAUGUGUGUUUUAAUAUUUUUAUCAUAAACCUGAAACUAUUACAACCUAGACCGAGAAGUUCAGUCAAUAAUUUAUAUGAUGUAUUUUGCCAUUUAACUUGUUCAUUUUUAAUUGUUAAUAAUUGGAACUUAUUAGGGUACGUGUUAAUUAUUUUAAUCCCUAGAUUUAAUGUUAAACAAAAUAACCGAAAAAAUUGUUUUGUAAUAUUAGCUGAUUAACCCCACUUUAUGUAAUUGUUUGACUAUUUUUUAUUUGGAUAUAUCAAAAAAUGUGUCAUUAAAUCGCUCAUAUAAUAUACAAUUAUGCAAUAUGUAGACAUUUUUAAUGACUACAUUUUGACUUUAAAAAAAAUGGUUUUUUUCUGAAUUUUAAUUUAAUAAUAA